GGCCAGCUUAGCUUGUCCUCCACAACUCUUCAACCUUUGAAUAGAGAUCAUGUUGUCCAUCGCCGAUCUCUAUAAGUACAAGCUCUUCUAAUUCAUUUUCACAUGAAAGCAGCAGUGAUAACAAUGAAGUCUACAUUAGCAGUACUCAGCUCCUUCCUUAUCUUUGCCUUUGUAACAAGGUCAUUGCCUGUGGCAGCCAGUGCUGCACCUGAUCCAGUGCUUGACAUCGGUGGCCAGAAUCUUCACACAGGCACCAACUAUUACAUCUUGCCAGUUGUUCGUGGGAAAGGCGGUGGUCUUACUCUUGCCAGCACUGGAAAUGAAACCUGUCCUCUCGAUGUCGUUCAGGAGCAACAUGAGGUAAAAGAUGGCCUACCACUAACAUUUUCACCUGUGAACCUCACAAAAGGCGUUGUCCGUGUAUCCACUGAUAUGAACAUCAAGUUCUCCGCUGCAACGAUCUGUGUCCAAUCAACAGUGUGGAAGCUUGACAGCCAUGAUGACUCUCUGGGACAAUGGUUCGUGACAAGUGGGGGAGUCGAAGGUAAUCCUGGCCGCGAAACAACCAGCAACUGGUUUAAGAUCGAGAAGUAUGAUAAUGACUACAAGCUUGUUUUCUGCCCUUCUGUGUGUGACUUCUGCAAAGUUUUAUGCAGAGAUAUCGGCAUUUAUAUCGAUGGUGGGAUACGCCGCCUCGCCCUGAGUGAUGUUCCAUUCAAAGUCAUGUUCAAGAGGGCAUAAAGAUCUGCUGAUAUAGGAAAACAAAUGCUAUAAAUCAUCUAUGUUUGUUCCCUUUAAAUCAAUAUACAAACCAUAAUAAAAGUUGCUUCAGUAA